AUGGCCGGGGGUCUGACCGGGGGCCUGUCCGGGGGCCUGUCCGGGGGUCUGACCGGGGGCCCGUCCGGGGGCCCGUCCGGGGGCCUGUCGGUCCGGCGUUCGGUGCCGGGGCCCCCGGCGGAGGCGGACUCGGACUCGGACUGGGAGGGUGAGGGUCCCGGUCCCGGGCCGGGCCCCCCGGUCCGCUGCCAGGUGAUCCACAGCGGCCACUUCAUGGUGUCCUCCCCGCACAGCGACGCCCUGCCCCGGGGCGGCCGGCGGCGGGGGCGGGGGCGGGGGCGGCGGGGCCCCCCGGCCCCCGGGGACGGCGGCCCGCCCACCAUCGACCCCACCCUCACCCGCCUCUUCGACUGCAUGAGUUUGGCCUACAGUGGGAAGUUGGUGUCUCCCAAGUGGAAAAAUUUCAAGGGCCUGAAGCUCCUCUGCCGGGACAAAAUCCGCCUCAACAAUGCAAUCUGGAGGGCCUGGUACAUCCAGUAUGUGGAGCGGAGGAAGAGUCCAGUCUGUGGCUUCGUGACUCCCCUGCAGGGCUCUGAAGCCGACGAGCAUCGCAAGCCAGAGGCAGUGGUCCUGGAGGGAAACUACUGGAAACGGCGGAUCGAGGUGGUGAUGCGCGAAUAUCACAAGUGGCGGAUUUACUACAAGAAACGGCUCCGAAAGCCCAGCAGAGAUGGGGACGUGUUGGGGCCCAGGCAGGCCGAGGGGGUCUGGCCUCCCCCGGAGCGGUGGUGCCAGCAGCUCUUCUCCAGCGUGGUGCCCGUCCUGCUGGGGGGGGCCAAGGAGGAGCCCCGGGGGGGGCAGCUGCUCGACCUGGACUCCUUCCUGUCGGACAUCUCGGACACCCUGUUCACCAUGACCCAACUCCCCGCCCCGCUGCCCCCCGAAGAUGCUUACCUGGGCAACGCUGACAUGAUCCAGCCGGACCUGACCCCUCUGCAGCCCAGCCUGGAUGACCUCAUGGACAUCUCGGAUUUCUUCACCAACUACCGGCCCCCCUCGACCCCCAGUGGCUUCCCAGCAGCUCCCGGCUUCAACCCCUCAACCGAGCCCCUGUUCGGAGACCCCCCGGGGCUCCCCGCCGCUGCCCCCUCUGAGAUGCCUCUCUCACCUGGAAGCCGCCUGCAGGCCCGGACCACUUGCCCAGCCCCGCUGGAGUCUCCCAGUGCUUUCCUGAGUCCCGAAUUCCUCCUGCCCCCUGACCCCAAGGCCAGACCCCCUCCGCUCCUCCCCAGCCUGGCCAAGGGGACCGGCCUGGAGCCCGGCCCGACGAACCCCUUCAUUCCCCAGGCCCCACCCGCGGGGAGCCAGGAGGACCCCCUCCUGUACCCGCUCCCUCGGACCAAGUUCCCCUUCCCCGGCUCGGCUCCCUCCGGAGCGGCCCCUCCUCUGCCCCCUCCUCCGGGCUUCCCCUCGUGCCCUCUAGAGCCCCCCUACCCCAUGGAGCUCCUGGCCCUGCCUCUGGGUUACCUGCCCCCUCCCAGUGGCCCCCACUUCUCCAUGCCCCUCGGGGCCCAGCCCAGAACCAAAGUGCCCAGCCCCCGGGGACGGAGGCCCAGUCCACCACCGCAGCAUCCCAGCCCCCUCCCCGCGGGCCCCAAUCCCUGCCUCACUCAGCUGCUCACAGCCGCGAAGCCGGAGCCAAGUCUGGAGCCGCCUGCCCUCUGCACUGCGCUGGGGCCUCCGGGCUCCCCGCAGGUCAGAGCCCCUGAGUUCUGUGAAUUCUUCCCCCGGCUGGCAGCGCCUCGCCCCCCCCAGGCCCUGACGUCCCUGCCCCCCACCAGAUCCCUGCUGGUCCCCAAAGCAGAGCGCCUGUCACCCCCCUCCACCAGUGGUGGUGAGCGGCGGCCAUCUGGAGAGCUGUCCCCGCUGCCCCCCUUGACCGGCGUGGGGCCGGGCGCUGGCCUCUCCCCCCCUCACCCCGCAUUCAGCCUAGGGCGGCCAGAGAGCAACAAGACGGAGAGCCGCCGCAUCACUCACAUCUCGGCCGAGCAGAAGCGCCGGUUCAACAUCAAGCUGGGCUUCGACACGCUGCACGGCCUGGUGAGCACGUUGAACAGCCAGCCCGGCCUCAAGGUGAGCAAGGCCACGACCCUGCAGAAGACGGCGGAGUACAUCGGCAUGCUGCAGCAAGAGCGGGCGGCCAUGCAAGAGGAAGUCCAGCGGCUCCGGGCCCAGAUUGAGGAGCUCAACGCGGACAUCAACUUGUGCCAGCAGCAGCUGCCGGCCACAGGAGUGCCCAUCACCCACCAGCGCUUCCACCAGAUGCGGGACAUGUUCGACGCCUACGUUCGUGCCCGCACGCUGCAGAACUGGAAGUUCUGGCUCGUAUCCUCCUCCAUCUUGAUCCGCCCGCUGUUCGAGUCCUUCAACGGGAUGGUGUCCACGGCCAGCGAACACAGCCUGCGGCACACCUCCCUCGCCUGGCUGGACCAACACUGUUCCCUCCCCGCGCUGCGCCCCGCCGUCCUGAGCUCCCUCCGCCAGCUGAGCACCUCCACCUGCAUUCUGACGGACCCAGCCCGCGUCCCGGAGCAGGCCGCUCAGGCCGUGGCCACCAGAGCCCUGGGCGGCACCAGCUAGGGGAGGCUGCCCGCCGUGCCCCGGGCCUCCGCAGCUGACCGUCCGUCUGACCAUCGGUCCGCCAAAAUUGUCGAACGCCUGCCGGGGGCCCAGCCUC